AUGGGGUACACAAGAUGGAAAGAGAGAAUUUCCUUCUUAAACGCCUCUCUUAAUCUCUCUAUAAUAAUCAUUAUUUUUUCUCACGCACUCCCGCUAUUUUUUCUAUCUCAUUCUCUUACUGAUCCUCACUCUCUCUCUCUCCCUCUCUCUCUCUCUCUCUCUCUCUCAGAUUAUAUUUCUUUCUCUCAGAACAUCUAUCGCUUUUAUCUUCUGUGCCUACUUCUCUUUACUUAUCUAUGGGAUUUUAACUUUUCAGUCUUUUCUUUUAUCCCUCAAAUUAUACCUCUGUUUUCUCUCGGUCUUCCCCAUUCUCUCUUUGAUAUCUCAGUAUAUAUUUUCCUCUGUCUGCUUGUUUAUGUAAUAUUAGCUUUCUUUUUCCUUUUACAACUCACUCAUUCUUUUUUUUAUUUCUUCUUUCAGUUUAUUUUUCUUUUUGUCACUAUAGCUUGCUUUUCUUCCACUGUGCGAUUCUACCCACCUAUCACUGAAUUCUUUCUUUCUUUCUUUCUUUCUUUCUUUCUUUCACAUUCUAUUUCUACCUAUCUAUCUAUCGAUCUGACUAUGUUAGUCUGUUCAUAUCUAUCUCAGACUAUUCAUAUCUAUCUAUCUAUCUAUCUAUCUAUCUAUCUAUCUAUCUAUCUAUCUAUCUAUCUAUCACAUUUUGUUCAUACUGUGUCUGUCUGUCUACUACAUACUGCUUCUAUCUAUCUAUCUAUCUAUCUAUCUAUCUAUCUAUCUAUCUAUCUAUCUAUCUAUCUUCUGUUCAAGAUGGAUUAA